AAUAAUAAUUAAUAAAAGGACGCAGUAUUUCCGAAACAUUUUCAAAAGUAAAGUUGAACAAGUUCUACUUUUUAUACGUAUGUUUCAAGUUUUAAACUCCUCCUAUAUAAGGGAAAAUUGUCCAAUUUAAAUAAAAGGCAUAAAAGUUCCUCAUAAAUGUUUAAUGAGAAAUGGAAAAAUAAACAUUCAAUACAAAAUAAUUGAAUCUCCACUUUAUUACAAUCCAGUUGAUACAGAUUGGAAAAGAGAAAAAUGUAACAGUCUAGGAUUUACAUACAAAGAACCCAAUACGAAACUUAAGUUUACUUCUUAUAUGAUACCAGUUGAACAUUACUAUGAUAAAGUUGCCAUAUCUAUAAUCUUUUCUGAAUUAAUAUGCGGAGAUCGAAAAAAAAGCAAGCAAUUUGGACGAAAUAUAGUAAAAAAUCUAAUAUCAAAUGAACAUAUUGAAAAACUUUUUGAAACUAAAGAGAUGUUUGAGGAGUACAUAGCCAUUUCUACUAUGUUUACAGUUGCAACUCAACCAAUUUAUAGUGAUCCAUAUGAAGAUUGUCCAAUUUGUUAUGAAAGCAAAAGCAUACCUUGUAUUCUUGAUAGUUGUAAACAUCAACUCUGUGAUAAUUGUGUUGAUAAAUUAGUAAUUAGUGGAAAAUUUAUUUGUCCGAUUUGUAGAGCAGAAUAUAACACAUUUUUCGAGAAUGGAGAAGAUGUAAGGAGUUUUUGGGGACCUUUAGAAAUACUUGCUACUUCAUAUUAUUUAAAUGUUUGUAUAUAUGUUUAUUAUGAUAAACUUAGUGUUUGGAUUCUUUACCAUAAUUCAUUAAAUACGGCUGAUGUGAAAAAUGAAAAAUGUAUAUAUUUAUAUAAAAAAAAAAAUCAUAUGAAUGUAGUAACUAAUCUUACACCACCUUAAGUUUUGUUAAAAAGUUUUAUAAGUUAAUAUAAAAGAUACUUGGAAAUGUAUUUUAAAUAUUCGAUGUGCAUAAUUAAGGUAUAAGUGUUUAAAAUACGUAUAAGAGUAUAUAAUGUUAAAUUAAUUUCUAUCAAUUACAAAUAUUUCUUUGACUAUUUAAAGUUUAAUGUUAUAUAUUUUUUUGUCUAUUUACAAAACGUAAUGUUUCUCAUUUAUUCAAUAUGAAUUUUUUGCUCUAUUCAUAUUAUUUUCAUAAUUUAAAUACUUGUAUUAAAAUAGCAUUUUUAUUGUCUAUAUAACAACUUGAGAUUACGGUGUAAUCUAAGUAGUUCUAAAUAGGAAGAUGCAAUGGCAGCAUGAACAGGACUUGAAUUUAAUGGAAGAUUCAUGGCUUUUAUUAUAUUUUAUGAGUUUUUAGUAGAAGACAAAUAAUCGGAUUUUCCUAAAAAAUUUUAAUUUAGACCCGUUUAUAGCAAAAUUGUUAAGUAUUUUAUUUUUGGAAAUUUUUAUUGUUUUUUAUAUUCGUGAACAUUAAAUAAUACUAAUACCAUUACAAUUAUUAAAAUUUUCAAAAGACAAAAAUAGACAUAAAAUUAUUAAGUCCUUCCAAAGCUGUUAGUUAUUUGGAUAUUUAUAGAAAUUAAAUUAUAGUGAAAUACAAUUAAUAAUACGUGAUUUUAGGACUUUGGUUUUAACUUAAAAAGAAUUUUUUUCAGUAUCAUGGAUUACUUGGAAUUACAGCUGGAUAUAUACAAAUAAAUAAUCAAUAUUGUUUCUAUGUGCUACUAUUUACCAGUAAAUAGUUAAAUACACUGUGAUAUGGACUCUAUUUUUGAUAUUUGCUUAGCAAUUGCAUAAAAUUGUGUUUUAAAUCUUGCCAAAUGAUAAUAUAAAAAUAUUUCUUUCUUUUUAAGAUGAAAAAUGAUGAGAAAAUCACAAAAUUGAUUAAAAUGUUUUUUCUAUCAUAUUAUCAAGUUAAAAAUGGUGAUUUCCAUCUAAGAAAAAUAAAUGUUUUUAUAUUCUGAAGAGACAAUAAAAUUGAAACCGCGAGCGUUGUAAUAAAGGGAGAUUCUGAUGUCACAAUUCUACUCAUCAGUAGUCCGCAGCUACUGACGUCGAACUAACUAAGAGCAGUUGUGUUUGAGUGGCCGUUAUAUAUAGUUUUCGAUACUAUCACUUUUGUCUUAUUUAUAUUGUAAAUAAUUUAACUUAUUUUAUUCAACGACUCGUCUAUCGCCAAUGACGAAGCAAAGUAAACUGGUACUGUGAGCCAAACACAAACUGUUUUGAUUAGCGGAAUUUGUGUUUAGCGUUGAUAAUUGUAACAUUGUUCCCAAAAUACAUAUUCGCGAUUGUUUAGUAAUUUUUUUGUGUUUUUUUGAGUUAAAAAUUUGUUAUAUUUUUUAGUUUUAAAUUAAUAAUGUUUUUAAUAUAGUUUUCAUUUUACGUUACUUAAAAAUCUGUAUAAUAAGUAGAUUUUAUCCCUUAAUUAGCUAGUUAUUUUGUAUUUUAAAUAAGAGAAUCUUGUUUUGGUGAUCUUAUA